AUGUCCUACGAGAACGAAAAAGCCCUUCCCCCCGGCUCCCUGCACGACAGCCUUCCUGAGGACUCAAUCCCGAAACUCGACGGGGAGAUUGAGCAGGAACUCGAGGCGGAGGAAGACGCUCACAUCGGUGUCAAGGCCGUCCGAGAAAGUGUAUGGCCCCCAUUCCAAGUGGUUCCUUUUCAUUGGACGACCUACAACUACCUCGCUUUCGCAACCUCUGCAUUCGAUAAGCACAGUCUCAUCUCCACCAUUCAGGUUGCCCAGUCUGUCAUUAUCGCCUGCGGGAAACCCGUUAUCGCCAAGUUCGCCGAUGUCACCUCCCGUGCAACGGCGUACCUGAUUGUCCUCUGCUUCUACGUCCUUGGUCACAUCGUCAUUGCGUCGGCCAACGGCGUAGGCGCUCUUGCGGUGGGCAUAAUCCUCUACGCUGUAACAAUCACCGAGGUGAACGAAGAGAGUAGCAGGAAGAAGACUGUGUUCGAGAACGUCGGAUUAUGCCUGGAGGGAAGGGACGUCUUCAAGGAUGACGGCACGAAAGAGCUGUAUCUGUGA